UGACUGUCAAGAUUUUGACAAAUUGAAUUCAUGUCUGCUGCGUCCGCUCCUGCUGCCCCGCCUCUAGGCAAAUACCUUGCAUCAUCAGAAAAGAAAACACGGGACAAAGCUGUGAAAAGCCUUGCUGCUUUCUUAUCCAAUCAUGACUCCGAAAAUGUAUUGCCAGAUCUUGAAAUGGCUAAGCUAUGGAAGGGCAUCUUCUAUUGUUUCUGGAUGUCAGACAAGCCACUUGUACAGCAGGCGCUGGCAGGGGAGCUAGCGGAGCUCAUACUUACAAUUACUGACGUACCUUCAUCACUUAAUUUUCUGCGGGGGUUUUGGAUGAUGACAGUUAGAGAAUGGAAUGGGAUUGAUCGUCUUCGGAUGGACAAGUAUUAUAUGCUCGUCAGAAAGUUUGUGAAUGCGAGCUUCAGACUUCUCGUGCGGACAAAAUGGGACAGUGCUGCCGUCCAAGAGUACAACUCAAUAUUAUCUGGCCCAAACGGACCGCUAUGUCCCAACGAUAUACGUGUGCCAACCAGUCUCGCAUUCCACUUAUCGGAAAUAUACCUCGAGGAGCUCGAUAAAGCAUUAACGAGCUCAGAGUCGCCGCCUCCGGCGCCAUUGUCCACCCUUCUGUCGCCUUUCAUUACCCUGGCCGCACGAACGCCCACAAAUACAACUUACAAACACAUUCAAUCGUCGUUAUUCGAGCCUUUGGGCGAUGUACUCAAAUCGUCGUCGGGUCCUCCAAGCCGCAAGAAAGCGCGCACGUCAUCCCCUGAUUACUCACAGCUGCUGGUCAACACCUGCACCUCCAGCCCAGGCGGCGAUGGAGCGAUGGAUGCGGGUGCUGUACGUAGCUCGAUAUUUCAAAAAAUAUUCGAUGUAGCAAGCGAAACAGAAACCCGGGAUGCGAAUCGCCGGAGAAUGUACGCUUUCUACAAGGAUGCCGUCGAAGAUGAUGAGGAUAGCGCUGGAUGACUUCGUAUAGCAAUGCUUCUGCUUGCGUCGUCGUUUGUCACGAAUGAACUACGUCUAUGAUGAAGCUACUUUCUGCUCGAUAAAAGUAGACUACGCUUAUAGUAUCGCUACUUGUUCACGCUGGUGCGACCAAAUGCUAAGAAAUAUUCAGUCCGACGACUGCAAGCUUCAAG